AUGGUGCAAGUUACUUUGGUCUGUGGGAUCGUCGGUGUGCGUGAAAGUGUGUUCUCUGUGGGGAUCGACACGACGGACUGGGUGGAUCAACUCAAAGAUGCGAUCAAGGCAGCGAAACCAGCGAUGAUCCAGAGCGAUGCCCGUGACCUGCAGCUCUUCCUGGCGAGAAGAGAUGGGGUAAAUGAUGCUUGGAUGAAGAGGGAAGAGGUGCAGCAGGGCGUACUUGACACCAAGGGGUUGCGGCAACUGAAAUUUGCAGCAGUGCCACUGAGCUUCAAUGGUUUAUCGGAGCGAGACGUGCAGACUGAAACCACAGAGGCAGGUCAGAAUAGUCCUGUCCACGUGCUGGUGGUGCUUCCUCCAACUCUGACGAAGCGUCAAAGCGUCCCGCUUAAUGUUCGAGGCGUCAUUAUACACGUUACUGAGAGCAUGGUACUCAAUGAUCCACCACUAGUAGCAUACUGGCACGCCCUUGCAACGUCAUCUACCGCGAUCGUAGCUGAUACUGUGGUUUCGCUACCGAAUGGGACCUACAUCCUGGGUAAUCCAGCGCUCGGCUCUGGCAUCUACAUUCGCUCUUGCUUCCAAGAGCUGUGGCUGAUGUUUUCCGGAAGUGUUCGUGGUAUUGGGAUUCUCGGCAGCCCGGGAGUAGGCAAAACAUAUUUUGCCUAUUCCAUCUUGCUGUAUCUUGCACGUCGUGGAGAGACGGUUGUCUACGAAAGUGCCGCCAUUGAGAAGUGUAUCUUGUUUUCUGGCAAUGUAGUGGUUCAAGGAACACGAGAGGAUUUCGACAGCAUCCUCAUGCAGACUGGAACGUGUUACUUAGUGGAUGGCGCUCGCCCAAAGUACUGCCCAGCAAAGACAAUUCUACUUUCGUCGUCACGCGAAUGCAUAUGGCGCACGGUUUCAGACUUUGGACGCAUGCACCGCAUGCCUGUCUGGUCGGAGGAAGAGAUUUUGAACUGUCGUGAGCUCGUGUAUUCGAAUACACCGGUGACUGUCGUGGAAGAUUGUUAUCGUCGAUGGGGUGGGAUUCCUCUCUAUGUCUUGCGCCAUGCUGAGGACGCGGAUCAACAGAAAUUGCUCGACGAGGCGAUUGAAAAUGUCAGGUUGGUGGAUCUCAAGAAGAUGUGUGUGGAGACGUUGAUCGAUAGGGACGACAUAGCAUGUGGGGAUGAAAAGAAGGUCCUCGACCGGUUGUUCCACGAUCGCGUCGACGACAAGUUUUACAAGAAGGGGUUUGCCUUUGCCUCGGUAUACGUGGAUGAGAAAGUCUGUCAGAAGCUGGUUGCGCAGGACGGGUCAAAUUUCAAGAGCUUCUUAGCCGGCUAUUAA